CUUCCAUCCGUUUCUCUCCUCGUGCAACAUAAAUGUCAUCCAAUCACCUUGUUCUUUGUUGUUCCAAGUGUAUGAUGUUUCAAGUGCAACAAAACAAAAAGUCCGCUAAAUGGGUUUGCAAAGUUUGUUCGACAAAGCAAUCCAUUUUGAAGGUUUUCGCGGAAGCAACUGCACGAGAAUGUCGAGCCAUCGUUCAACAUCUCAACAAGGAAGCUAUCACUCGUCUUCCACAUUCAGUUGGCCUGUCCUACUGUGAACAGGAAAAAGAAAACGUAUCGGACAUACUUACUGUGCCCUUUGAGCGGCAACAAAACGUUAACCCGAUUACGAUCACUGACUGCGAUUCGGCUUUAUCUUACAAAAUACAGCCCUUUGAAGAAGAGGAGUUGGUAGAAGACAAGUCCGAGUAUCGUCUGAGCAUAAACCCAUGUCGCUCUUUACCACGGGAUUUCUCGUUACUCUCAGCUAAUGAUUCGCCCCAUUUGCAGUGUGUGCAUGCAUUACUGAUGAAUGUGGUAUUCUUGUGACUACUCACCUGUUCGAGCUCAAUGAGCAAACCGACUAAGUCCAGUCAGUAUCCGCAAGUAACCACCGGUUUGUGCGAUGAACUAACACAUUUUCGGAUCGUUGCAAGUUCCGAUGAAUCGGAAUCCACAAACUCCGAUAUCCACUGCUCCUCCAGCGCUUGUCUGAGAACGUGUAAGUGUACGAUAUCCCGUUGGCAUUCUAUUGGCGUUCCUUUGCUACUUGGUCAAGUUCUCGCUGGUAUGAUAGCUGCCACGGCGGUGUGUAGCACGUUUCUGGCAAAUGCUGGCGUCAGCGUGCCUCUUUCUCAGAAUUUAUUUCAUUAUUGCUUUCUUUUCUUGUGUUAUUUCCCACCGCGUCUGUUUUGUUUGUUUCGACGCAGACAAUCUUACCAAUUAGACAGAAACUGCAAAACACCAACAACACGUUUUUGUACAAAGGACCGUUUAUAUCGAGCCAGCUUGUAUAUUUUGGCCGGACUCAUUGAUACCCACGCGAAUUGGUCUUUCGUGGCCGCUUAUAAAUUUACCAAUGUGACUAGCAUCCAACUACUGGAUUGCCUAACUAUCCCCGUCGCUGUGCUCCUCAGCAUUAUAUUUUUACGGAGUCGCUUUUUUUGGACACACUACGCUGCAGUGAUAAUUUGUCUUGCUGGAGCUGGUGGCAUGGUCGCCAUGGAUGUAUUAGUCAAUCCAACUGGUCCACAAAUACCAACGAAUACUUCUGGAAACAUCACUGUCCUAGUCGAAUCUUCAUCUAACGUGAUUCUCGGUGACUUUCUGGUGAUCUUGGGAUCUGUUGCUUACGCCGCCUCGAAUGUUUUGCAACAGUAUCUAGUAAUUCGUUAUGGAUUCCUCGACUUUCUCGCUUUUGUCAGUUUGGCGGCACUGGUCCACACGGCAAUCUACAGUCUGACGCUUGAACGGACUGCUUUGUUUUCCAUCUUAUCCGGCUCUCCUUCAUCGAACCAUGCUUUGAUAUUUGGUUGCCUGGCUGGUUAUGUAGCAGCAAUGUUUUCAUUGUAUUCUCUUAUGCCCUACGUCUUGGCCAAAACAAGUGCUGUGCUGGUCAAUUUAUCUCUUCUCACAGCAGAUGUAUACGCACUUCUUAUAGGCAUCUACCUGUUCCAUUACGGGUUCCAUGUGUUAUACUUACUGUGUUUCUCAGUAAUCUUGUUCGGAGUUGGACUCUUCAGCUUUCGCGCUCCGUUGACCCGCCAAACUCAUCUGCGUUGUUUGUCUUGUCUUUCGGAACAAUCGGUGUAUGAGGUAACUGUUGUUCAGGAUGCACUUGGUUCAAAGCGGACGCCUAUUUGAUCACAAUUAUUGUUUUAGCGAACCUCCCAUACUUGCUUAUUAUGAUAACUCGGUUCACGUUGUUAUACACGGUGGUAAAAUUUGAUUGUGUUGUUCCACCCGGUUUCUGGUUGCUGGUAAUUUUUCUGCUUCGU